AUGCCUGGUCGUUUCCCAGAUGAGGAGUCCGCCUCUGGCGAAUCCGAGUCUCUGCUCGGUCGAGGUCACAAGAGAGUUAAGCACUUUUGGGAUGGCUUUAUCGACUUUGCUUUCCAGGAUGAUAUUCUCAAGAUUGCCGUUGGUUUGAUUCUUGCCGCUGCCUUCACCGACUUGGUCAAGUCGUUUGUGAGCAAUGUCCUCAUGCCACCAAUUUCCGUCAUUCUGCCACUGAACAAGAAUAUGGAGGAGAAGUUUGCCGUUUUGCAAAAGGGACCCAACUACAAUGCAACCUCAGGCUACAACACUUUACACCAGGCACAAGAUGAUGGUGCUGUCGUCUUGGCUUAUGGAUCAUUUAUCGGCCAAAUGAUAUCAUUUCUCAUACUGGGUAUUGCUUUAUAUGGACUUGCCCAUCUGUGGCAGCUUGCCUCUUCCGAACCUAUUAUCAAGCAUACCAAGAAGUGCAAGUAUUGCAGGCAGCGUAUCAACGAGAAGUCUGUUCGUUGUAUACAGUGCACUAGCUGGCUUGAUGGAAGAGAGGACCGCACCUGA